CACCACCCAUAUCGUUGACAAAAGUUGAAUUGUGUUCUUGAACACAACCCGAACACCACCCAGUUUCGCAAAGCAUUCUGGGAUUGGAUGCCGGCGGAAAGCUUCUCGAAGGAACUGCAAAGAUGAUGCCCACACCGGUUAUCCUGCUGAAGGAGGGGACAGACACGUCUCAGGGCAUUCCUCAGCUCAUCAGUAACAUCAAUGCCUGCCAGGUGAUUUCUGAGGCUGUCAGGACCACCCUGGGGCCCAGGGGGAUGGACAAGCUGAUGGUGGAUGGCAGAGGUAAGGCCACAAUCUCCAACGAUGGAGCCACCAUCCUGAAACUGCUGGAUGUGGUUCACCCUGCAGCCAAGACCCUUGUGGACAUUGCUCGCUCCCAGGAUGCUGAGGUUGGAGAUGGCACCACGUCUGUCACCCUCCUGGCUGCCGAGUUCCUGAAGCAGUUGAAGCCGUACGUGGAAGAGGGUCUCCACCCUCAGACCAUCAUCAGAUCAUUCCGCAACGCAACCAACCUCGCUGUCAGCAAAAUCAAGGACAUCGCUGUCUCUGUGAAGAAAGAUGACAAGCAGGAGCAGAGGCAGCUCUUGGAAAAGUGUGCAGCUACAGCCCUGAACUCCAAGUUGAUCGCUGGUCAGAAGGAAUUCUUCUCCAAAAUGGUGGUGGAUGCUGUCAUGCUCCUGGACGAGCUGCUGUCCCUGAAGAUGAUUGGCAUCAAGAAGGUCCAGGGAGGAGCUCUUGAGGAGUCCCAGUUGAUCUCUGGCGUUGCCUUCAAGAAGACCUUCUCCUAUGCAGGAUUUGAGAUGCAGCCAAAACGCUAUGAGAAUCCCAAAAUUGCUCUCCUGAAUGUGGAGCUGGAGCUGAAGGCUGAGAAGGAUAACGCCGAGGUCCGCGUGAAAUCUGUGGAGGACUACCAAGCUAUCGUGGACGCAGAGUGGAGCAUCCUGUACGAUAAACUGGAGAAGAUUCAUAAGUCGGGAGCCAAGGUGGUUUUGUCCAAGUUGCCCAUUGGAGACGUGGCCACCCAGUUCUUUGCUGACAGAGACCUGUUCUGUGCUGGCAGGGUGCAGGAGGAGGAUCUGAGGAGGACCAUGAUGGGCUGCGGUGGCUCCAUCCAGACCUCAGUAGGUGCCAUGACAGACGACGUCCUGGGACAGUGCGAACUCUUUGAAGAGGUCCAGGUCGGAGGAGAGAGAUAUAACUUCUUCAAGGGCUGUCCGAAGGCAAAGACAUGCACAAUCAUCCUGAGGGGUGGAGCUGAGCAGUUCACAGAGGAGACGGAGCGAUCACUGCAUGAUGCCAUCAUGAUCGUACGCAGAGCCAUCAAGAAUGACUCCGUUGUAGCAGGUGGAGGAGCCAUUGAGAUGGAGCUGUCCAAGUAUCUGCGCGAUUACUCCCGGACGAUCCCCGGGAAACAGCAGCUGUUGAUUGGAGCAUACGCCAAGGCCUUGGAGAUCAUCCCCAGACAGCUUUGUGACAACGCUGGCUUCGAUGCUACAAAUAUCCUGAACAAACUGCGUGCUAAACAUGCACAGGGUGGUAUGUGGUACGGAGUGGACAUCAACAACGAAGACAUUGCAGACAACUUUGUCAACUGCGUGUGGGAGCCGUCCAUUGUGCGGAUAAACGCUCUGACUGCAGCAUCAGAGGCAGCCUGCCUCAUCCUGUCGGUGGAUGAGACCAUCAAAAACCCACGCAGCUCCAUGGAUGGUCCUCCAGGUGGCGCAGGCCGUGGCCGAGGCAGAGGGAGACCCCACAUGCACUAAAAGAAAGCAGGAACAAAACCCUAUUUUAAACUGGCAUUAAAAUCCAAAUGCAGAAAAAAGGUUGAAUCGCCAGUACCAACAAAGUUACAUCUAAUAUAGUUACUGAAAAGAAUUGAUUCAGCUCUUUAUGGUCGACCUGUGUUUGGAUUUUAAUUCUAGAUUAAAUGAGGUGUUGUAAGCAGUCACAGAAACAUUGCAAAUGGUGUGUAGACAAAAGGGGGGAACAGCAAAGUCCGUUGAGCAAAUUUGAGAUUCUGAUUUUUUUUCAGACUGCUGACGUGUCUUACGUCUUCUACAUGUCCCCUGUAGCUUUUUUUUGUACACCCAGAAACCUGUUUAACAUUUCAAGCACUGCAUCUUUUCAUCUCUAGCUGUCUUAAAGAGGAAAUGUUUAGAAACUUCUAGCAGAAUGAAUGCUGUUCUCCCUUACUUUGAAACACACACACUCCUGUCCCCUUAAUGCCAGCUCUCCCUCUGUUGAUCUGAUGAAGCUGUUCCACACUUCUCAAUGGGUUUUGUGGUACGUGAAAAAUUGACAUGUAACAGGAAAGCAAAGCACUGAUGGAAUGUUGGGCAGUUCUGAACCAUUUACUUGUUGUGCUGUGUAAAACUAUUUAUUGGACCAUUCUUAUCAAUAAAUUCACAGCUGAAAUCAUA